ACUUAGAUUAAUUUUAAUUUCAGGUAAAACGUGCGUGUGGACCAGCAAAACUGUUAGAAGUCACUGAAGAUCCCAGAGUAAUAGCCACAUCAACGAUCCCGCCGAACUCUGUAGGAAACGGGAGUAAGCGAGUCGCGUCAAACUUUAGGAUUUUUCCCGCCUCCCCCGUCAAUCAACUGCAACAAUUUCUGGUGUCGAUAGCGAAAAGUAAAGGUUUCUACGGAAAUCUCGCCGAUAGCCUUUGCAGAGAUGAAAGUUACGCGGAACCGAAGGAUAUCCAUUGUUGGAAUGGCGAACGUAUUGGAGAGUACACGAAAACCGUCGUAGAUUCGGGCAUUAGCAUGCAGAAGUACAACCCGGAGGUAAAGCCCAGCAUAGACUUGCAACACUUGGAUCCCAGAAUAGCAAAUUUGGCGGACAAAUUGCGACACGUUCAUCAGAUGAUUAUCGCGGCGCUGGGAGCAGCCGGUCUGCCCGAGUCGGAUAAUUUUAUGCAAAGCGAUAGCGCCGACGGGUCCGGUUCGGGAGGCGGUCCCGACAUUUUGGACGAUACGGACGACGCGGAUGGACGAAGCGGUUCCGGUUCCGGAAAUGGUCCCAUCGUUACGCCCAACAAUCCGGUCAAUAGCGGCGGAGGACAAACGCGCGUUGUCAACUACAACGGUAGCGGAACCGGUCGAAAACACGACCCGCAACACGCCACCCCACAGGAACCAGCCGAAGUGCCAAGGAACGACAUUAACGAAAACUCGGGUAGCAAACGGUAUUGCGAUUUCACGUUGACCGCCUACGCAAUUUCAUUAGUCGUCUCCCUAACGAGAUAUUAACUCUCAUAUCAAUGUGAAAACGUUUCCUCAUGAUUUGUGCCAUGUCGACAUGGUUGGACAAGAGUAUUAGUGAGUUUAACUUUUCUCUAUUUUACCCGCGUCAGAUGCUAUUCGAAUAAACUGCAUUUUGCAUUUAUAAGAAUGGUAUCUGGCCAUUUUCGAGAGGGAGAACUUAUUUAUAGUUAGGACAAUAAAUUGUAUAAAUGCGAAAAGGUGCUAAGGAACUCGAUUAGAAAACGAAAAUUUGGAUUAACAUCGUGUUAAUGAGGGUCACCUUAAAAAUUGGCUGUUGAUAAGUAAUUUAUUUUUUGUAGUAGGUAUUAAAAUUUAAGAUGCGUUAAAGGGAAAUUGUUGAACGCUAAGAUUAUUUAAGUUAAAACCCCAUGCCAUGUAUAUAGCUGUUACGAUAGUUUAAGAAGACUGUAUGUAUUAGGUUUAGUUAUUUUUUAAUUUAUAACAGUUGCCAAGUUCCGGUUACGCGAAUAACUGCUUCCAAAUUCUCUCGUUAACUGAAGAUAUUUAAAAAUUUUAAGCUUAGUUGUCAGUUAUUUGAUGUUUAGACCUUAUACAAUCUUUAGGUGCUAUAAGUGGCUGGGAGAAUUGAAGCAUUCUCUCGCAAUCGGUGUGUUUUAAAAAAAAAGUAUCGUGUCUUUCCAUUAAUUAGGUUCUGCUUUAUGAGUAGAUAAAGCAAACUGUUUUUGUUAAAUAACUUUCUACUUAAAUAAUUAUUGUAUUAUAUAUUAAGGAUGAGACUGUGUGAUGUGUGUAGAUAGGUUUUGUGUAACCUUAAAUUAUUUUGAGAAUUAUCUGUGAUUUACAUAUUUUAUUAUUUAAUUGUGAGACACCUAUUUAUAGGGUAUAUAAAUUUGUUAAACAAUCGGUAUCAAUUCAGAAAACAGAAGUCAGUAGCGUAGAAAAUUACUAUAGAGACAAAAAUGUAACAGUCUUGACCAGUUUUUAUAAACAUGUUGUGCAGUUACUAUUUUGGAAAAUAUAGUACGAAAUGCCUGUGUUAUCUUCGUAUAAAAUAUAUAUAGGACAAAUUACCUUUCAAGAAAUAGCUUAAGAUGGUACCUAGAUAAGUUUCCAUUGCUUAUGAAGCAAACUUUUACGUCGAUGUAUUUUUUUUAAUUACCUUUUGUAGGCUUUUAAAAUGACAGUAUUUGCACAACGGAAAGCAAUAAGAUUACAUAUGUAACGGAAAAUACAGACGAAUCGCUCACUAACAAAACGUAAAAUUGUCUAUUGCAAAAAUAUCAACUAACUAGUCUUAGCUUUGUAAUGUUAUUCUUUAGGAAUCAAUUGAUCAUUUGAUAUAAAUGUAAUUAUUUGCCAUUAUUUUGGUAGAAUAAAAAGUGCUGCCUUUUUAUCA